AUGUCCCAAUAGAGAAGAAGAGAAUAGUUAGAAAAAAUAUCCCAUUUUUAGAAGGAAGAACAGGAUCGGAAUAGGAGAGAAGAGUUGGAAAAGGAAUUUUUGAAAUGCUAAAAGAGAGGUUAAAUGCACACAAAUUCAAUGAUGAAUUGGAUAAACAAACAUCAAAAUAAAGCAGAUCCGAAGGCCAAGGAAAUGUAUCGCUAUCUACCUGAAGAAAGACGUAAACACAUUGAGUUAACCCUGUUGUUUGAGAAGUUUGACAAUGAUGGUUCCAAAGCACUAGACUUCAUUGAAGUAUUCAGGAUGUUCACUAAAUAUGGGAUAUUCAUAACGAAAAAGGAGUUGCUUGACUUUUUUAAGGUGGUUGAUCAAAAUAAGGAUUUCUCCUUAAAUCUCUAAGAAUUCAAGGCAUGUUAUUUGGACUCGGCAGCAAGAGACAUUUUUGCCAAGAUUAUGAAACAAUUAAUAGAGAGAACCUAAUUGACCGAAGAGGAAAUCAAUGCAGCCUUAAAUCAAAUGAAUGAAUUGAACAAUCAGAAUAGCAACAACCAAAAUUAGAAUCCCAUUCCUGCCCUUCCCAAGUCCUUUCAGGGAGUGAUCAGUCUACUCACUUAUUUGAACACCAGAGAUGAGAUUAAAGAUAAGUUGACCUCAAAAUCAGUAAACAUAUAUGAACAAAUCAACAAUCUAAAAUAACUGAUUGAAUUGAGUAAUAAAAUUGAUGUUGUUUAGAAGGUGGAGAUUGAGAAAAAGAUUAAGAUCAAGAAAUCUUCCGAGGAUAGAUUAAAUAAAUUUAAGAAUUAGUUAAAGUAAAUUAAAGAUAGAGCUAUUCAGACUGGAUAAAUGAUGGCUGAAGAGGAAUUGAGACAAAAAAACUCUGCAUUCUUGAUAACUGUUUUACCAUAACGCAAAUAUAAAUACAAUUACAAAAGCGAAAAUAAAUUCAAAAGAAUUAUACCAAAUAAAUAAGAGGAGUUACACUUACCUCGCUACUCAGAUUAAAAGGUAAAUCAGUUUUAUGAAUAUAUGAAUAUUAAUAUACCCGAUUAGUUGAAGAAUAUUAAUAAUAGAAUAUGGACAAAACUAUUUGAAAAUAAUCAACAACUAGAUAUAAUACUUUAGAAGAACAGAAAAAAUCAAUUAGAAUCUCAAAGAACUGAUAGAUUAAAGCAGAAGAUCAAAUAAACCUUAGAUAAUCUACAAGCCAAUUUUGAAACUGAUUUCGAUAGCGAAGCCAAUAGAAAGCCCACUUUAGAAUCUCCACAAGAAAAACAAUCUACUCAAUUUCCAAAUUUCUUUACCUCAAGAAAUUUAAUGUCACAAACAUCAGACGAUUUUAGAACUGCCAAAAACAUAGAGAAUGCCUCCUGGAUCCUCAAAGUUAUCUUUUCAUUGAUGAAAUAAUGA